AUGCUCGUCGCAUGGAGGCUCACCAUCCUCUCCCCCGCCCUUUUUGUCCCUUUCCUCCCUGGGGUAGACGCCCGGUCCAAGCAGCCCGCUGGCCUCGUUGAUCUCGGAUAUCACCCGACAUGUGCCAAUACAGGCACCGGGUUUGAGACCGUGCUGCUCCCUGCGGACUUGGAUUGCUCGCUGCCAGAUGGUCAACAAGAUAGUGCGGGAUCCCGCCAAUGGGGUUUGGCUUGGAUACAGGGUCAUAUAUCUGUUGGCGUUAAGGAAUUGCGAAGAGUCGACGUUUUUGAAGUCAGGAUGCAACGGCGCAUUAUCUGGUGGACGCACUUCCGGCCUCUGCCACAAGGAGGCCGCCACUCCGCCCUGCAAGAAUGGCCGCAUCCAUACUCACCGGAAUGGCAUGCGCUCGUCUCGUCUCUUUCAUCUUCUACCAGCCUCAGCUACGCGGCCUGUCACUCUUUGCCGCCUAGUAGCCAGCACAAUGACUUUGACCUGUUGAAUCCAUUUGCCUGGGACCAAGCAGCAGCCAACUAUCUCGACCUUGAUCCCGCUUCAACAGCAGCAACGGACUUGUCAAGCCUGCCCACGCCCGAACUCGACCAACAACACAACGACAACGUACCUACACCCCAUUUCGACACCUCGACACCUUUUCUUGACUGCUUUCCAUCAACGUCUUUUCCCGUGCCCCUGAGCUACUCGACAGACACUUCCCUCAGCAACACCCCCUCGACCAGCACCGUCCAAUCUCCUCCGGAUGAAGCACCCAACAACAACUCAAACGGCGCGGCCGCCCUUGUCCCCGGCCUCAAGUUGCCGCCGCAGCGGCCAUCCAACAAGCCAGGCCGCAAGCCGGCAGCGGCGUCUUCUUUGACGCGCACCACCGACGGGAGGAUCACCAAGAAGCGCAUCACCACAACAACAACAACAACCCCGUCGGGCCGGGCAUCGCUGCUCUUCCCGGCGGGAGAUGAAUUGGACGACGACCCUGACGACGUCGUCCUGCGCCGACAGCGCAACAACCUCGCGGCCAAGCGCUACCGACAAAAGAAGCUGGACCGUAUCGAGGAGCUGGAGAAGGAGGUCGAGCGGGUGAAGCAGGAGCGGGAUGAGCUGAAGAUCAGGGUGGCGCGGCAGGAGGCCGAGGUGGCUGCGCUGAGGGAGAUGUUGCAGUUGCAGAAGGGGGGUGGGAGUGGGACAGGGUCAAAGGACUAG